AUGGAAUCAGUAAACAAAAGUAAAACACCAUUAUUAUUCAUUAAUCAUGGUGCUCCGAAUGAAAUCUUAAACAAGGAUUCAAAGACUACUAUCUUUUUAAACAACUAUCAACAAUGGGCAAAACAUACCAAACCAAAGGCAAUCCUAAUCAUAUCGGCUCAUUGGGAAGAAAAAGAUUGGACUAUUACUACAUCGUACGUGUUUAGAACUUUGAUUAUACACCACAUAACUUACUUUUUAUUCUUUUUAUUCUACUAUAGUGACAAACCAUUGGAUACAAUUUAUGAUUUCUAUGGAUUUGAACAAGAGAUGUACAAGAUCAAGUACCCUGCUAGUACUAGUAGUUGGUUGAUUGAACAGGUUACUGGAUUGUUCAAAUCAUCCAAUACUACAUUGAAACAUGACAACAAGAGAGGAUUAGAUCAUGGAUCAUGGACUAUUCUCAAGAUGAUGUACCCAGAUGCCGAUGUUCCAGUCGUUCAACUUUCAAUCAAACAAGGGUACGACGGAUCGGACCAUUAUAAUAUGGGCAAGAUUCUCACUCCACUCCGAGACCAAGACGUGUUGGUUGUUUGUAGUGGUAGCACCGUUCACAAUCUUAGAGCAUUCUUUCAACCAUCAGGUGAUACUGAAUGGGCAAAGAGCUUUGAAAAAUACCUCGAGGAUGCAGUUGGAGCAUCACCGGAAUCACAAAACCAAACAGCUCAACAACUCGAAUCAAGUAUACUCGCCUACAACAAACACACUCAUUUUAGAAAAUCACAUCCAUCCGAGGAUCAUCUCAUGCCACUCAUCGUAGCAGCCGGUGUAGCACAUUCAUCACCAGCUAAAAUCAUUCAUCGUGAUUGGAAGAUAGUUGCUUUCCCCUAUACAUUUUAUCAAUGGGACGAUUAA